UUCGGUGCGUCACAUCAUCAUCUUCCUCUCUUUCGGUUUUGGAGAGAAAAUGGAGAAACAUUUCACGGACUCGCGAGUCAAAGGAGUCAGCACAGGAACCACCAUCCUGGCUGCAGUCUUUGAUGGAGGGGUCGUGAUCGGAUCUGACUCCCGAGCUUCCAUUGGAGGGGAGUAUGUAUCAUCCAAAACCAUCAACAAGGUGAUCCAGGUCCAUGACCGGAUCUUCUGCUGCAUGGCUGGUUCACUUGCAGACGCUCAGGCCGUCACCAAAACAGCAAAAUUCCAGCUGUCCUUUCACAGUAUUCAGAUGGAGAGUCCUCCACUGGUGAUCUCAGCAGCUUCAGUACUAAAGCAACUGUGUUACAACAACAAAGAGGAGCUGCAAGCCGGCUUCAUCACUGCAGGCUGGGACAAGAAGAAAGGACCUCAGGUGUACGUCGUUUCUCUGGGUGGGAUGAUGAUCAGUCAGCCCGUCACCAUCGGUGGAUCAGGCAGCACAUAUAUCUACGGUUAUGUCGAUGCUAAAUACAAAGUCAACAUGACCAGAGAAGAGUGUCUACAGUUUGCUACAAAUGCUCUGGCUCUGGCCAUGGGCAGGGACAACGUCAGCGGAGGGGUGGCUAAUCUUGUGGUCAUCACAAAGGAAGGAGUGGAGCAUAUUGUUAUUCCUGGUGACAAACUUCCCAGGUUCAGUGAUGAGUGACCGGUCUCCUCUUUUAUGGAAGCAAACACUGAGAUUACAGAGCA